UGGAAUGAGCUCCAUUAGAAUCGAAGAUUAUAAACAAUUUUCAUGAUUUCAUAUGGCAAUUUUGAGGGCGGUGCUUGCUGUUACUAUGCUUUCUAUGGUUCUCCUAUCUGUUUUAUGGAGGGCAACGUUUGAUUUAGGUGAUCAGGAAGAUUUAGGUGAUCAGGAAACUUUUCUUCAAUGUCUUGUAGACGAUUCUCACCCUUCCUAUCCUAUUUCUUCAGCAAUCUAUAUUCCUCAAUUCUCGUCAUAUUCAUCUGUUUUGGAAUCUUACAUUAGGAACCUUCGAUUCAAUGAGACCUGGACCCCAAAACCAUUCCUUAUUCUCACUGCUUUGCAUCAAUCCCAUAUCCAAGCAGCCAUUGUUUGUGCUAGAAAGCAUGACCUCCAGAUCAAAAUUCGAAGUGGAGGCCAUGAUUACGAGGGCUUAUCUUAUGUAUCUAGUGUUCCAUUCUUCCUCCUUGACAUGUUCAAUCUUCGAUCCAUUGAUGUCGAUAUAGGAAAUGAGACUGCUUGGGUUCAGACAGGAGCAACUCUUGGUGAACUAUUUUACAGAAUUGCUGAGAAGAGCAAAAUACAUGGCUUCCCAGCUGGUGUUUGCCCCACAGUUGGCGUUGGUGGUCACCUCAGUGGAGCUGGCUAUGGUAAUAUGAUGAGAAAAUAUGGCCUUUCUGCUGAUAACAUAAUCGAUGCACUUUUAAUUGAUGCUAAUGGCAGACUUCUUGAUAGAAAAUCUAUGGGUGAAGAUCUUUUCUGGGCCAUUCGAGGUGGAGGAGGAGCGAGCUUCGGUGUCAUUCUUGCAUAUAAAAUUAAGCUGGUUCGUGUUCCAGAAAAAGUCACAGUGUUCAAAGUUGGAAAAACCCUGGAAGAGAAUGCGACAGAUAUUGUGGACCAAUGGCAACAUGUUGCAAAUAAGCUACCUGAGGAGCUCUUCAUCAGACUUGCCUUGGAUGUUGUAAAUAGCAGCAGUCAGAGCAAUGGUGAAAAGACAGUAAGGGCUUCAUUCAUUUCCUUGUUUCUUGGAGAUUCUGAGAGCCUCCUUUACAUCAUGAAUGAGAGAUUUCCUAAGUUGGGUUUAAGUAAAUCUGAUUGCAUUGAAGCCAGCUGGCUUCAAUCCGUCCUUUUUUGGGCCGAAAUUCCAAUCGAGACAGAAAUCAAUAUUUUGCUGGAUCGAAGUCCACAAACAUUGGUUUUUCUGAAGAGGAAAUCAGACUAUGUGAAGGAACCAAUUCCAAAACCUGGUUUGGAGCGGAUUUGGAAGAGAAUGAUCGAACUGGAAGUGCCAAGAAUGUUAUUCAAUCCUUAUGGUGGAAAGAUGGCUGAAAUUCCAACAACAGAAAUCCCAUUCCCGCACAGAGCUGGAAAUCUAUGGAAGAUACAGUAUAUAACAAAUUGGAAUGAAUCUGGGAUUGAAGCAGCAAAUCAUUAUAUAGAUUUGAUAAGGAAACUCUACGAUUACAUGACUCCUUUCGUGUCCAAGAACCCAAGGCGAGCAUAUCUCAACUACAGAGAUCUUGAUUUGGGUGCCAGCUACAAUGGGAAAGGCCUAUACUCUGAAAGAAGAGAUUACGGAGUCAAGUAUUUUAAUGGUAAUUUCGAUAGAUUAGUAAAGAUUAAGACUGAGGUUGAUCCUAGUAAUUUCUUUAGAAAUGAACAAAGCAUCCCAAUUUUUCCCUAUCAAGAUUCAAGAAAAUAGGGAUGCAUAGUGACAGAUAAUAUAUAAUCUUUUAUUUGAUGUCAUGAAUUUCAUUACUAUUAUUAUUUAUUUUAUGAUGGUGAAGGUUAUAUUGCCUAUAAUAUUGGAUGUGUAAUAAAUUACUAAUAA